UGAACAUAAGUAUUUGGUUAAUUUUUUAAUUUAUUAUUUAAAUAAGUUUGGACAUAAUAAUUUCAUUAUGAACAAGAUUCUAUUAUCUGCAAUAAAACAGAUACCUCCUGAGUUUCGACUGGAUUUAAAAAACACAUGUAUUGAACAUGCAUUGUGUUUAAACGAUUCUUUAAACUCAUUCAUCAAGAUUAUAUCAUCAAAUGAUCUUGACAUGAAAUCUAAUGAAAAUGUAUGUUCAUCUAAUAAGCCACUAAGCGGCAUUCCAUUUGCUUUGAAAGAUAACUUUUGCACUAAGGGAGUGCAUACUACAUGUGGAUCUAAAAUGCUUAAAGAUUUUGUACCAAUGUAUAAUGCAACCGUUUAUGAGAAACUAAUACAUGCUGGAGCUGUGUUGAUAGGAAAAUGUAAUAUGGAUGAAUUUGGAAUGGGGUCAGGGUGUAUAGAUUCAAUGAAUGGUCCAACUCGAAAUUGUUGGGGUUAUUCAUCUGAUCGAAGUUCUAGUAAUUCAAGAAUACCAGGAGGUAGUUCGGGAGGAUCAGCUGUUGCUGUUGCAUCUGGAGCUUGUUCCUUUGCUUUGGGUUCUGAUACUGGUGGCUCCACAAGAAAUCCAGCCUCAUAUUGUGGAUUAGUGGGAUUAAAACCAACAUAUGGCUUAGUUUCAAGGUAUGGAUUAAUUCCUUUGGUGAACUCCAUGGACGUACCUGGAAUAUUCACAAGAUCUGUGGAAGAUUGUGCUAUGAUAUUAAAUAUCAUUGCAGGACCAGAUGUAAUGGAUUCCACAACACUCAAAAGACCUUACCAAAAUGUUACUCUUUCGCAAGAUUUUACUCUGAAGAAUGUCAGAGUGGGAAUUCCAAAAGAAUAUUACUGCUCAGAAAUGAGCAGUGAUGUCACAUCAACGUGGACUUAUGUUGCUGAUAUGUUGGAAAAAGCUGGGGCAAUUGUGAACCAAGUUUCUAUGCCAAAUACAAGUUAUUCCAUAGCUGUAUAUUCUAUAUUAAAUCAAUGUGAAGUCAGUUCAAAUAUGGCACGUUAUGAUGGUGUUGAAUAUGGAUUAAGACCUAACGUGGAGUCAAUAGAAUCAACUGAACAACUAUAUGCUGAGUCGAGAUCUCAAGGAUUUAAUAAUGUUGUUAAAAAUCGAAUCAUAGCUGGAAACUAUUUUCUUCUCGAUAGAAAUUAUGAAAAAUAUUUUUUAAAAGCGAUGAAAGUAAGGCGAAUGAUAGCAAAAGAUUUUGAAGAAAUAUUUUAUGGAAAAGAUUCUGUAGAUAUUUUAUUAACACCCACAACUUUGAGUGAAGCACCUACCCUUGAUGAAUUUAUGAAAAAGGAAAAUCAAGAUCAAUGUUCAGUGCAAGAUUACUGCACUCAACCUGCAAAUAUGUCAGGUGUUCCUGCUAUUUCAAUUCCCAUUAAACUGUCGAGCAAUUCAUUGCCUUUGAGUUUACAAUUAAUGGGGCCUCACUUAAGUGAAGAGCGGCUUUUAAAUAUUGCAUCAUGGAUUGAAAAAGAAGUUGAUUUUCAAAAUAAAUACAUUGACAUACUUAUCAAAAAUAUCAAUAUAAUAAAACAAAUUUCAGAUUAUAAAUAG